CCAGGGUCCCCCAUGGGUGGCUGCAUGGGCUCCUCUGGUUACCUGGGACAACAGGCAUUUCCUCCAUCCCCAGCCCCUCCUCUUCCUGCUCCAACCAUCCGGGCCAAGAGGCCUCCCAAUCAGACCUGGACGGCUCCAGCUGUGUCCUGAGGCGCUGGACCAGCCACAUCCCCUGGGGCUGGAGUUGAAGCAGAACCAAGUGGCCAUCCCGGCGUUAGACCAUAGGUUCCUGGCUCCUGGAGCGGUCAGAGCCAGCCAGUGGGCAGCAGCUUUUGCUCACAGGCCCCAGUGCCCAGGGCGCUGGCUCUCCGCAGGGCGGAAUGGCGCUGCAAGUGGAGCUGGUACCCACCGGGGAGAUCAUCCGCGUGGUUCAUCCCCACAGGCCCUGCAAGCUUGCCCUGGGCAGUGACGGGGUUCGGGUGACCAUGGAGAGUGCUCUGACUGCCCGUGACCGGGUGGGGGUGCAGGAUUUCGUGCUGCUGGAGAACUUCACCAGCGAGGCCGCCUUUAUCGAGAACCUGCGGCGGCGGUUUCGGGAGAACCUCAUCUAUACCUACAUUGGCCCCGUCCUGGUCUCUGUCAACCCCUACCGAGACCUGCAGAUCUACAGCCGGCAGCACAUGGAGCGUUACCGUGGCGUCAGCUUCUAUGAAGUGCCCCCUCAUCUGUUUGCCGUGGCCGACACUGUAUACCGAGCACUGCGUACAGAGCGUCGGGACCAGGCAGUGAUGAUCUCUGGGGAGAGUGGGGCAGGCAAGACCGAGGCCACCAAGAGGCUGCUACAGUUCUAUGCAGAGACCUGCCCAGCCCCCGAGCGCGGAGGUGCUGUGCGGGACCGGCUGCUGCAGAGCAACCCAGUGCUGGAGGCCUUUGGAAAUGCCAAGACCCUCCGAAACGAUAACUCCAGCAGGUUCGGGAAGUACAUGGAUGUGCAGUUUGACUUCAAGGGUGCCCCCGUGGGUGGCCAUAUCCUCAGUUACCUCCUGGAAAAGUCACGAGUGGUGCACCAGAAUCACGGGGAGCGGAACUUCCACGUCUUCUACCAGCUGCUGGAGGGCGGCGAGGAGGAGACUCUUCGCAGGCUGGGCUUGGAACGGAACCCCCAGAGCUACCUGUACCUGGUGAAGGGCCAGUGUGCCAAAGUCUCCUCCAUCAACGACAAGAGUGACUGGAAGGUGGUCAGGAAGGCUCUGACAGUCAUCGAUUUCACUGAGGAUGAAGUGGAGGACCUGCUGAGCAUUGUGGCCAGCGUCCUGCAUUUGGGUAACAUCCACUUUGCUGCUGACGAGGAGAGCAACGCCCAGGUCACCACCGAGAACCAACUGAAGUAUCUGACCAGGCUCCUCAGCGUGGAAGGCUCGACGCUGCGAGAAGCCCUGACACACAGGAAGAUCAUCGCCAAGGGGGAGGAGCUCCUGAGCCCGCUGAACCUGGAGCAGGCCGCCUAUGCGCGAGACGCUCUCGCCAAGGCUGUGUACAGCCGCACUUUUACCUGGCUCGUGGGGAAGAUCAACAGGUCGCUGGCCUCCAAGGAUGCGGAGAGCCCCAACUGGCGGAGUACCACGGUUCUCGGGCUCCUGGAUAUUUAUGGCUUCGAAGUGUUUCAGCAUAACAGCUUUGAGCAGUUCUGCAUCAAUUACUGCAACGAGAAGCUGCAGCAGCUCUUCAUCGAGCUCACGCUCAAGUCGGAGCAGGAGGAGUACGAGGCAGAGGGCAUCGCGUGGGAGCCCGUCCAGUAUUUCAACAACAAGAUCAUCUGUGAUCUGGUGGAGGAGAAGUUUAAGGGCAUCAUCUCGAUUUUGGAUGAGGAGUGUCUGCGCCCUGGGGAGGCCACGGACCUGACCUUCCUAGAGAAACUGGAGGACACGGUCAAGCACCAUCCACACUUCCUGACGUGCCGCUUUGAUGAGGUGCUGAUCCGGCACCAGCCUCCUCGCCCUCAACCCUGUCUGGCCCCCGACCCCAGGCUCAUCCGAGGCUUCAUCCUGCGCCACGCCCCCCGUUGCCCCGAGAACGCCUUCUUUUUUUUUUUUUUUUGCACCUCUUUUUUGCUAAACCUGCGGCGGCAGCUGCCCCGGAAUGUCUUUUUUUUUUUUUUGCCCACACCCCCACCUGCCCUGCGUGAGGCCUCAGAGCUUCUGCGGGAGCUGUGCAUAAAGAACAUGGUGUGGAAAUACUGCCGGAGUAUCAGCCCUGAGUGGAAGCAGCAGCUGCAGCAGAAGGCCGUGGCUAGUGAGAUCUUCAAGGGCAAGAAGGAUAAUUACCCUCAGAGUGUGCCCAGACUCUUCAUUAGCACUCGGCUUGGUGCAGACGAGAUCAGCUCCCGAGUGCUUCAGGCCCUGGGCUCUGAGCCCAUUCAGUAUGCUGUGCCUGUCGUGAAAUAUGACCGCAAGGGCUACAAGCCUCGCUCCCGGCAGCUGCUGCUUACGCCCAACGCCGUGGUCAUCGUGGAGGACGCCAAAGUUAAGCAGAGGAUUGAUUACGCCAACCUGACCGGAAUCUCUGUGAGCAGCCUGAGCGACAGUCUGUUUGUGCUUCAUGUACAGCGUGAAGACAAUAAGCAAAAGGGAGAUGUGGUGCUGCAGAGUGACCAUGUGAUUGAGACGCUGACCAAGACAGCCAUCAGUGCCGACCGCGUGAACAACGUCAACAUCAACCAGGGCAGCAUCACGUUUGCAGGGGGCCCCGGCAGGGAUGGUACCAUCGACUUCACCCCCGGCUCGGAGCUGCUCAUCACCAAGGCCAAGAACGGGCACCUGGCUGUGGUCGCUCCCAGGCUGAAUUCCCGGUGAUAGAGGCGCUCACUGGACUCCCAGCUCCCAGCGCUUUGCUUCUGUCCUCCCCUCCCAAUUACCAAAGACUCAAACUUCCAGACGGGGAUCCGGGGACACCCUGAAGCCCCCCUGCCGUCUCCCACCUCCUGCCCAU